AAAUUGACCAGAGGGCAGUCGGAAGAUUCCUUCUUCUGAUCUCGGCAGCGGAAAUGAAGAGGUUGUGUGAUUAGCGAGGCUAGGACUUGUAAUGUUCAGUGGAGAGCGCAGUGUUUUUGCGAUCGAAUUUAGUCGAGGCAUUAUUAAUGCUGGAUGCCGAAAAAGCAGUACUGGACCUAAUUCGUAAGAAACGCGCUCCAGAGGAAUGGCGGGGCGGCGCACGACGACGAGGAAGAGGACGAUUGGACGAAGACCGGAAGAGGACGUGGCGUGGAGGACGGCUGGACGAGGGCGGGAGACGUCGCUACACAUUCCGAAGGCGUCGCGAGAGAAUUCCUGGUGGCCCGGAGCCGGUCCUUGGUGAUCGCGGCAGCCGGUGA